AUGCCCAAGAUCGUUUCCAGGUCUGCAAUAUCAACGAGUGAAGAUAAACAGGCCUUGCACGCUACUAGCCGAUUGGUCGUCAAUUACUGUUUAUGUGGGGAGUUCAUUUUAGUGAUCGACAAGCCGCUCUCCUUAGUGGCCCGCCGGCCGCUCGACGCGAGCUAUGUGAUCCGGAACGUGGAGCCGAAGCGCUCGUACAAGCUGAACACCGAGCUGAGCACCCGACCCACCCUGGUUCGGCGCGAGAACGGGUUCGAGAAACAGUGGCGACAUCUCUGUAGUCGGUGCAAACUGCCGAUCGGCUAUGAGAUCGCUAGUCCUAUCAAGGGCGAUUGGACCUACAUCUUUCCCGGCUCCUUGACCGAAACCCAAUCCAGUGUUCCGCCCAGUGCUCUAGACCUUCAUCCAGUCGAGACACUCAAAGAACAGAUAGAGCGUGCCCAGAAAGAAAACAAAACCCUAGAAUCGAUACCCGAGCAGGCUGACGCUAGAGAUAAUACCUGA